GAUCACGUACAGGCAUCAUGUGUAAUAGCACCUCGUCUCCAGUGCGUGUCAGUGUUGUCUCCUGUUUCUCUUACUGCAAUAGAGUAAGAAGAAGAAGUGUCACGUUGCGGCGAAAACAGGUAUUGCUGAUCGAACUGCAGUCCUCCUAAAAAAAGUGAUUGAAUGAAAAAUGGGGCGCUCAUCCAAAGACAAACGCGAUAUAUACUACAGGCUGGCGAAGGAGGAGGGCUGGAGAGCGAGAAGUGCCUUCAAACUCCUGCAGCUGGAUGAGGAGUUCAACCUUUUUAAAGGUGUUAGUCGUGCUGUGGAUCUGUGUGCGGCACCUGGCAGCUGGAGUCAAGUUCUGAGCCGCAAACUCCGUGGAAAAGACAAGAGUGAAGAGGUCAAGAUUGUGGCGGUUGACCUUCAAGCAAUGGCCCCUUUGCCAGGUGUCACACAAAUCCAAGGAGACAUCACCAAGAUUUCUACAGCACAGGAGAUUAUUCGACAUUUUGAAGGACAGUCAGCAGACUUGGUUGUGUGUGACGGCGCCCCUGAUGUUACAGGUCUUCAUGAUGUAGAUGAAUACAUUCAGGCACAGCUCCUGUUGGCGGCUCUCAAUAUCACCACACAUGUUCUCAAACCAGGUGGCAACUUUGUUGCAAAAAUCUUCAGGGGAAAAGAUGUGACCCUGCUGUACUCCCAGCUCAAGAUCUUCUUCAGCUCUGUAACCUGUGCCAAACCACGCAGCAGCCGCAACUCUAGCAUAGAGGCAUUUGUGGUGUGUCAGAAUUACUCUCCACCUGAAGGUUAUGUCCCCAACAUGUCCAACCCUUUACUGGAUCACUCUUAUGAUGUCGACUUCAACCAGCUAGAGGGGCCAAACCGAAUAAUAGUUCCUUUCCUUGCUUGUGGAGAUCUUAGUGCCUUUGAUUCAGACAGAACUUACCCGCUUCAGCUUGAUUCAAGUAAAGAAUACCAGUAUUUGCCACCCACCCAACCUCCAAUUCGGCCACCGUACCUGCAAGCCUGUCAGCUCCGCAAGAAUAACUUGUUAGCCAAAGAGGACUCGCCUUCUGGAGCACUUGAUGAUUCCCUGUCAGCUUUAGAUCUCAACCAAAGUCUAGACACGAACACGGUCACACCAGGAACCUCUGAUUAAUGGACAUUACUGAUUUGUACAGCUACAGUUUUAUCAUGAUUGAUGAACAUUUAUUUUUAGUGAUACUCUUAGAAAAAAUGUGUUGUGUUACGUCUUUGUACCUUAUUUUAAAGUUGUCCCUAUUAAAGGGAUACUCCAUCCCAAAAUGAAAAUUUUGUCAUUAAUCAC